AUGAGAAGUGAGAUCCCUCAAGCAAGAGAGGCAGAUGGCAUAGAGGCUAAUAUUGUUUCUACAUUGAGCGACAUUUUAGCAUCGCAUGAGUAUGAUUCUGUGCCAUGUGUGCCUUUGUUGAAGAGUUCAGGUGAGGAGAGAGCACGUUUAGAUGUUGAUCAGUUCGUUAACGAGAGACAGUUACAGACUAGAGGCUUGGAAGCACUGCACAGGGCCUGGGAGACCCUCCACUCAUCGGGCUGGACCCUAGAGAAGGAGAGCUCUCAUGGUGACACAGUCUACUCCAAACUCGGGUCCAAAGGAUCCAAAAUAUAUAAACUCAUGGGUGUGGUUGAUAUUGAUUCAACUUGGUUGUUUAAUGAAAUGGUUUACAACUUUGAAAAUAUGUCCAACUGGAAUAAAGCCAUUACCUUGGGCAGAAUUGUGCAGGCAAUAGACAACAGCACAGAUGUGGUGUACCAUGUAGCAGCAAAGGGCCCUGGGGGUGCGGUUUCUGCCAGAGACUUCGUCAAUGUACGCCACUGGAAGAAGAUUGAUGAGACCUGGGUGUGUGCUGCAAUUUCUGUAGUGCAUAAGAAUGAGCCUCUGCAAAAGCGUUUUGUCCGGUAAGCUUAAAAGAGUAAUUAACUGAAUAAUGUACUGUAAGUGUCAUAAACAUGCAUGCCCAUAAGUACAGUGGACCCUCGGCUAACGCCUUCAGCCCGUUCCAGAGAGCUAGUCUUUAACCCUUAAA